CGCAUGUAAAACGCGCCGUGAAGCAACAGUUGCAAAACCUUACUACAAAGGGUUUAGAAGGUCAACGUAACUGUCACUUGCAGGUUGACCACUGCAUGAAAAAAUAGCGACCACGACCACAGAGGUCCAGCCAACAGUGGUGUCUUUUCUGUAAUCGCGUUCUCAAAAGAAACUGAACUCCGGUAAAACCAAAACCAGGGGCAGCCCACUCAGGAUGGCUGUUUCGCAGUCCAGUCCUCCACAGGCAGUAUCGGAUCUUGUGUGCACACCUGACACCGCCAAGCGGGGAGCACCGCCGCGCAGGGGAUCCCAGGCGGUUUUGCGGGACUGUGGGCUCCCACCGCUGGAAACGGUGACGCACGGCACGGGGGCAAAACCGAGUACCCGUGCCGCUGCCGCUGCCGCUGCCGCGCCCGGAGGCGGUUGCAGCUGCACGGGCGAAACCGACGGCGAUCGCCCCACACAGCCUCCAUCGGUCCACCCCAUAAAAACACCCACCUCGCUGCCGUUUUCCCACGGCGCAUCGUGCAGCAGGAGCGGGAGUGCCAAGUGGUUUCUAGAACCUGGUAGUAGAGAUUGGCGGUUUGCCGAUGGAGAGGGGCGACGGAGGAGGAGGAAUGGCGCCGCGGGGCGGCGUGGUGGGGUCCGGGGCAAUGCUGGGGCUGGACAUGCACCUCGCCCAGCAGCGGAUGCACCAGGCCGCCGCGUUCCAGCACCAGCAGGACAGCCACAACGGUGGGUUCCAGCUGCAGCAGCCGUCGCCGGUGGCGGUGAGGCAGCAACAGCCGCCGCCGUCGUCGUUCAUGCCCUACUCCACCAACACGUCGUCGUCCAGGGUCGUGGUGAGCGCGGCAGCGGUGGGUCACGACGACGAAAUGGUGGGCAACGGCGGCGGCGGGAAGGGCGGAGUGGUGGUGCAGCAGCAGCAGCAGCAGCAGCUGGCGUCGGCGGGGUGCCCGUGGACGAGGAUGAAGUGGACGGACGCCAUGGUGCGCCUGCUCAUCAGGGUGGUGUACAGCGUCGGGGACGACGGCGAGGGCGUGGCGACGGCUGGCGGCGCCGGGGGAGCGGCCAAGGCGGGCCCCGGCCACGCGGCGGCGGCGCAGCAGCAGAAGAAGGGCAAGUGGAAGUCGGUGUCACACGCCAUGAUGGACAAGGGCUUCGUGGUGUCGCCGCAGCAGUGCGAGGACAAGUUCAACGACCUGAACAAGCGCUACAAGCGCGUGGUCGACCUGCUGGGCCGCGGCCGCGCCUGCCGCGUGGUCGAGAACCACGCGCUGCUGGACGCCAUCGACGAGCUCACGCCCAAGGCCAAGAACGAGGCGCGCAAGCUGCUCAGCUCCAAGCACCUCUUCUUCCGCGAGAUGUGCGCCUACCACAAUAGCAUCGCCGCCGCGGGCUCGAACCUGCCGCCGCACGGCGGCGGCGGCGCGGCGGGCGACACCGCCUGCCUCCACCACCCGCCGCCGGCGCCCGUGGCCGCCGCGGCCUCGUCUGCCGCUCGCUACGCCCACGCGCAGCAGCAUGCGGCACCGUCCCCGCAGGGGAUGAAGGACUCCUCCACUGACGUCGCAGACGACAGCGACGAUGCCAUGAGCGACAACGGGGACGAGGACGAGGACGAGGAGGAGGAGGACGGCCCCGUGUACCGCAGCCGCCGCCCCAGAAGUCGUCAGCACAGCGGCGGGCGCGGCAAGCGCGGGCGUGGCAUGGAUGGCGCCGCGUCCGAGGACCUCGAGGACGAGGCGGACGGCGGCGGUGGGAGACGCUCGAGGACGGCGGCGGCACCCGACCCGUCGGCGAUACUGCGGCAGCUGAAGAGCGAGCUCGCGGCUGCGACCGCCGCGGCGAUGGACCCGCAGCAGGCCAGGAGCUGGGUGCGCCGCCGCGCGGUGGAGGUGGAGGAGCAGCAGAUCGUCCUGGAGUCCCACGCGUACUACCUGGAGCGCCAGCGGCUGAAGUGGGAGCGGUUCCGCGCCAGCAAGGAGCGCGACAUGGAACGCUCCCGCCUGCAGAACGACCGCCUCCGCAUCGAGAGCCGACGCCUGCUGCUCAUGCUCCGCCACAAGGACGUCGACCUCGACAUGGCCGAGGCGAACUCUUCCUCCGUCGACCACCACACCGGCGCGUCGCCGCUCGCAGCACACCAGCAGCAGCCGAUUGGGUCCAGCCCCAGCCCGUCCACCGCCGGCCACCCAAACUAGCUGCCGUGCGCGCCCUGCCAUUCCAUUACUGGGAGCGGCCAGUAGCUGUUCUUUUUUUAAAGCAAAUUAAACUUUAGUUCUAUCAUUAACAGCAGCAGUUCUCUAGGACAAAAGGUCACUAGUGCUCAAGUCUCAGGGUUUUUUCUUUCAUUGUAGUAGUCAAUGUCAGGGUUUCAGUGUAGCAUGUUCAUAGUCAUAGUAUACUAUGCGCUGUGUAGCUGUCAGGUCAGACUAUAAUGCAUGUUGUUGAACCCUAAUCGAUGUUUCUGUUCUCGA